AUGGAGUCCUGCAGGGUUCCUCACCAGGUCCUGCUUUUAUUCGUCCUCACGUUCAUCACAGUACCUGUAUCAGCUGUCACUACUGUACAGGUGAAGUUUAAUCAGGCUGCUGAUCUGCCCUGUGAACGGAAAUGUUCUCGUGAGGCCAAAUGGACUCUGUUCAGUAACCGAGAUGAUGCAUACCUGAAGGGAGAUCUCACCCUCACCAUCACUGCAGCUGAUUACAGUAUGAGGGGUUUAUACACGUGUCAGUGUGGUAACAGAGACAUUAAUGACGUGCGUCUCAGCAUCGAGACCAUGACAUCAUCAGUUCAGAUAAACGCUGGUGAAGAUCUGCAGCUGGAUUUGCACGUAUCAGAGCGAGUGGAGGUGAUCUAUAAGGGUGAAGAUUCAGCAGAUCCACAUGGUGAACAGAUCUGCACUGUGGAUAGAAGCUCACUAAACUGUACAGCUGAAUACACACCGAGAACAUCACUCACUAACACAGUUCUUACACUGAGAGGAGUAAAGCUGACUGAUGGGGGAGUUUACAUCGUCCAGGACACGGAGAAUAAUGAAGACCUUCAUAUUUACUCAGUAUCAGUGAGAGAGAGAGCGCUACCAGUGUGGGCGAUUAUCCUGAUAGUGCUGAUGGUUCUUCUGCUUGUUGCGCUGCCUGUGAUGAUAAUCUGCUACCUGAGGAAUCGGCGCUGCCAAAGAGAUGAAAGGAGCAGCAGUGGAGCAGGAAGAGACCAGAGCUGGAAUGGCACCAUACAAAUGAGGGACCUGCCAGAGAACGAAAGCAUGUUGGAGCAGGAGGAGAACCUGAAGCUCAAACAUAAGAAUGGAGUAACAGAGGGAAGAGAUUUAUAACUUCAUACAGCAUGAUUCUGGAGCAAGGAGAGAGCUAAACUCAGGUAGGAAGACGGGAAUAAAUGAUUUCUCCAUCCCUUUGUUCUUCACAACACCAAAAGAAUAUGACCUGACUACAGAAUCUGCUGGAAUCCUCCCUCAUACUGUUUGUCAGUUCUAGACCUGACUACUGCAAGUCUUUUUUUUAAUCCCUUUAUCUGUUACAUAUCCUCAUCAGAUCUUCUUAUAGGCUUCUCCUGUCAUAUAUUACCUUUGGAGAUGAUUUCACUGAGCACCACAUCAUCUGUCCUUCUCUGGGAUCUGCUUCAGUCCUGGUUCUUCAGCAAUGUGAUGAGCUUCCAGCUCCUUUAAGAAUAGAACCUUGUGUUUUGGUCUCAGAAGAACCUCCUCUAAGAACAGAACCUGUUCAGAUGGCAUCAAGGUCACAUUAUUAAAUACUAAUGAUAUUUUAUACGUUUCAUCUCUAUUAACUCAUACAGUGGAGCAGGAAGAGACCAGACCUGGAAUGGUACCUCAGAAAUGCCUAAACUACCAGAGAAACAAAUGAUGAUGAAGCAGGAAGAGAACCUGAAGCUCAAACAUAAGAAUGGAGUACCAGAGGGAAGAGAUUUAUAACUUCAUACAGCAUGUUUGAAUUAUUACUUUUUGUUUUGCAUCGUUGUUUCUGCUCUGACUUUCUUCAGAAGUGUUCAGGUUUGUGAACCCUGCAAGCUCAUGUUUUUCCCACCUGUGUGAAGGUUAAAAACUCGGUUUGCUCUGCUGCUGAAGCUGCGCCUUUUACACUUUCAGUUUCUCUAAUUCCUCUCAGCUGUUAAUAUUUUAUUGAACUAGACACAAACUACAUGAUUUACAAAUCGAGCUAAAACAUUUUUCCCCUUGUGGCGCAUAAAUAUUCCCACCCUUUAGAAAUGUUGGUCCGGUGAUACAUGAUAAACAAUGUGCAUUAUGAAAUAUAGGCAUCCAGUAAAACAGCUGUGUUUAAUUUUAAAAACUGUGAGAAACUGAGUUUAAUCAUACUUUUAUUCAGUGUCCUACAAAAUUAAUGACACUGAAAAUAGGGAAAAAAAUAAUAAUAAAAUAGCUGGGACUGAUCAGUGUUUACUGGGUGUGUCCUCUGUUACGACCCACACCAGUACUGCUGGCAUCAACUUCCAGCUUGAAGGGUUUUCCAAAUUAGGGGCAAACACUGAUCAGUCCCAGCUAGUGAACACGUGUGUAUGAGGACACACCCAGUAAACACUGAUCAGUCCCAGCUAGUGAACACGUGUGUGUAUGAGGACACACCCAGUAAACACUGAUCAGUCCCAGCUAGUGAACACGUGUGUGUGAGGACACACCCAGUAAACACUGAUCAGUCCCAGCUAGUGAACACGUGUGUAUGAGGACACACCCAGUAAACGCUGAUCAGUCCCAGCUAGUGAACACGUGUGUAUGAGGACACACCCAGUAAACACUGAUCAGUCCCAGCUAGUGAACACGUGUGUAUGAGGACACACCCAGUAAACACUGAUCAGUCCCAGCUAGUGAACACGUGUGUGUGAGGACACACCCAGUAAACACUGAUCAGUCCCAGCUAGUGAACACGUGUGUAUGAGGACACACCCAGUAAACACUGAUCAGUCCCAGCUAGUGAGCACGUGUGUGUGAGGACACACCCAGUAAACACUGAUCAGACCCAGCUAGUGGGAAAGUUACUGAGCAGCUCAAACUGACAUGGAGCAGCUCACAGGGAGAGGAAACACAACAGACAGGUGGGAAAAACACGAACAUUAUGAAACUGCAGAGUGUGUGUGAGCUCAUGAAGGUGGUUUUAUCUUCACACAGCGCUCACAGACGUUAUCUCCAUGUUACAUACGCUCAGGCCUUAACACAGCUGGAGUAAAAAUGUUAGUGUUGAUGUUCCAAUAGCUCUCUACUGAGAUUCUGGAAACAGCUGAUCUCAUGUUACAUAUAUAUUCUACUGUUUUGAUUAUUAAACUUUUUUUUUAAAAUUCUUUUAAACAUUUGUUUUCCUUUUCACUGCUAAUUUUUAGACAUUAAAUAAAAGUAUUACCAAAUUAAAAGGUUUAUUUUUAAAUGCAGCGCUGUUUUGCUGUAAAUUUCCUACCAAACCUACAUUUCCUGCUGCAUGCCGUGUAUCGCACAAUCAUGUUUUAAUAUUUUUGUGUAUUUCCCACCUCUACUAUUUGCUCAUGUUUGAGUUAGCCGAUAGCAGCUAUCUUCUUUCUAACAUUUGCCUAUUUAUUAUGUUCUGCAGUUGAUGAUGUGUAAUCUAGAAAUACCAGAUUUAUUUGUAUAAGUCAAAAGAAUACAGAAAUAAAGUUCUGGCGCUGAGGUGUCCGAAUGAUUGGAAUAAACUUCCUCUAGAUGUCCUAGCAGCUGAGUCACUGGUAGUCUUCAACCAAGGUCUAAAGAUUUAAAAGCACUUCUGUAAGUCAUGCCGCAUUUGCAAAAAUGGCAUAAAUGUAAAUGUACAUUAAUUUUGUCUGUGUUCUGGAUAGAAAUUAUAGAAUUAUGUAAAUAUGUAAAUAGGUCAUUUGUGGUGCCUUGACUAAAGAUGUCUUCAGAAAGUGACAUCAGAAAAUCCUCCUUUGCUCAUUUAUUACAUUCUGCAGUUGAUGUGUAUAAUUGAUGAUUGUAUAGUUGAUGUAUAAUACUUGUUUGUAUAAGUCAAAGGAGAAUACAGGAAUAAACAGACGUUUUCAGAAGAAUACAGGAAUAAACAGAUGCAGAAAAACACAAA